GCUCGGUGAUGGAGCGUGCUUGUUGGAGUUGGAAUUCUUCGUCCAAACUGUUGUUUCAAAUCGUCUCAAAUUCUGAGUUCGAUGGAAAAAUGCUUCGAUUACGCUGUUUGUGAGGAACGAACAAGGAUGUUACAGACGAAGAAAUUUGCUGAACUUUAUACGAAGAAGUUUCCAUCCCCCAACACUGCGUGCAUAUGGAAGGCGUUUGGUUAAUGAAAGCUAAUAAGCGCAAUUUAUUAGAUUACAUGCUGGAAAAGGAGAAGGUCCGUUGAGUCUCACAAUACUUGAGGUCAAAAUAGAUUGUGAUUGCUUCAGAUGCCCAGCGAAAAGUGAGGGGUGGCUGAAACCCCGCUGAAACCCCGCUGAAACCAUUAGACGAUUUGCACCGAGAGUUUUUUUGACAACCAAAUUCAAGGGUUUAGGGUUUACAGAACCAGGAACAAGUCGGGUUUAGUAAGCUGUACGGUGAAAAUUGCUUCUGGCACAUUGAAACAGUGUCUGAAUCCUCCAUUAUGCUUGUGCCGCUCAAUUCUCACCAUCUCUCGUCUUAUUCAGAUGAUUCUGAUGUUUCAGCUUCAGAGGACACGAUGGACCUUAUAACGGAAAUGGCUGCUUUGGGGCUGCCCACUUCUUUUCAGUCAAGGUCUGCAAUUCAGGAGAAGGGCUCAAAAAGGCCCUCGGAAUCCAGUAUACUCAAGAGCGAAUCGAAGGAAGCAGUAGAGGCAGAACCAGUGGCGCCCGUGCUCUUCUCCGUUCGCUCUGUACAACUGUUUUCCGCCAAGGAACAUGGUCCAGAGGAAAUCACCCUGGACCGAUUGGAGGGGUUGGUAUACGACUGUCAAGCAAUGGAAGAUGAAACUGUUCUUGCAGGUCCUGAGCACCGGAUUUUGAAUCAUGACCAAGGUGAUGGUCUGGAUGGAGUCGAACUUGCAUGCGAGUUUGAAGAUAAGAGUGACAAGCAGAUAAACCCGGAAUCCCGAGGUGAUGAAGUGGCGAGGUAUGCAGCUGCGGUGUGGGAGCCCGUGUGGGAUGAGCAAUACCAGCGCUACUACUUUUGUAACACUCAGUCCUGGGAGUCGACUUGGGAUCCUCCACCUGGUUUAGAGCACUUUGGUGUAGGUAGCAUGGCUUGGAGUGAGUGCAACAGUGCUGAUCAAAGUCAAGUCGCCCAUCAUUCUGAGACGAGUUGCGUGCUUCCUGCUUCAAUUUUAACAUUUGAGAGUAGCUGCGAAGCCUCGGGGACAGUAGACAUGGAUAAGAAAUUAUCGUCGGAUGUGGAUCAAGUUGAAGCAGAUGACGUCCACGCACACGACACCUCAGCUGUCGUUCUUCAGGAUGAGGAUGUGAUUGAGCCUGUUGGAUGUGAGAAAGCAAGUGCCUUGGAGACAAGCUUUCGUAAGUUGAGCCAAGAAAAUGAAACACCAGAGCGACUCCCCUCUUCUGAUGUGGCCAUGGAAGACGAAUGUGGGCCGGUAGCUGAAGGUGAGCCGCCAUCGUCAAGUGAUUGUCUAACAUCAUGUGCGUCCCCUGCAAAGUCCGGUGUGGUGAACAAGCUGGAGGAAGUCAUUAUCCAAGUCUCUGCGGCCGAGAGUUCAACUAUGACUGAGGGAGAGAACCACUCUGUUGAGAGUUUACCUGUCUUUCCACAAGCGUGCGGUGUCCAUACUAGAUUUAUUGACAGUGAGGAUAGCGGUACAGAAGCGGAGGACGAUGAAGAGACUAACUGGGGAGAAAUUGAGGAGCGACAGUCAGCACCGAAUACGUGUGAGGAUGAAACAGAAGCUUGGUCACUUUGUUUCAAGAAUGGGACAAUCGAAAGUACAGAAAGCCUCGUUCAGUUGUCAGGACAGAGAGUCAAGAGGAGGCGUGUGAAGAGUCUAUCGGAGUCAGAAAAGUUGGAGAAAGUUUUAUUGCCUGGCAUGGCAGAAACGAUGAGUAAAAGUUUGAUAAAGUACUGGUUACAGCGCUACAGUCUAUUUUCCAAAUAUGACGAAGGCAUCAAACUGGAUGAGGAAGGUUGGUUCUCAGUUACACCUGAAGUGAUUGCCGAGCAUCAGGCUCUUCGAUGCCCCACGGGCCUUGUGAUAGACGCUUUCACUGGAGUCGGUGGGAAUGCAAUUCAGUUUGCAUUGAAGAAAAAUUACGUGGUGGCCAUUGACAUCGAUCCAACAAAAGUAGAGCUUGCACGCCACAACGCAGAGAUAUACGGUGUAUCCGACAGCAUUGAUUUUAUUGUGGGAGAUUUUUUCCUCCUGGCUCCGAGUUUGAAGGCUGAUUUUGUUUUUCUUUCACCUCCUUGGGGUGGACCGGAGUACCUGAAUCAGGAGAUUUACAAUAUAGAGACCAUGCUUCAGCCAACGGAUGGGUUCACGCUAUUCAAGAUUGCGCAAACUAUAGCACCAAACUUGGCAAUGUUCUUGCCCCGGAAUGUCGAUAUGGAUCAACUGCAAGAACUUUCUUGGCUCUCUAGUCCUCCUCUUCCUUGCCAGGUCGAGAAGAACUAUGUGGACCACAGGUUGAAGGCUAUCACAGCGUACUAUGGUGAACUAGUUGGCCAAAAGCAAGAAUGAGAACCAUUUUAUCUGAGCUGCAAUCACUUCGACAUAGGAGAGCCCGGAAUGCGUAUACAGUCUACGUUCCGGUUGAUUAUGUUGAAUCCGGCGGUGAAUGCCGCAAAUCCAAAGGAGGAGGCGGGCCUCCUUCAUAUACAGGAGGAUCCAGUCCUAUUGCUACGUUCCCGGCAGAUAUUUGACAUGUAAUUCUUUACAUCUGUCACAUGAUGCCCGUAGUAUGAUGGGAUCGAGAUGUUGGAGCCUGCGUGGUAGCCAAGGAAUGGCUUCGAAAAGAGAGCAAAAAGGGGCAAGCUUGGGCCCAACGGAUCCCUUCUAACAAAGGUACCCCUGGCAGGCAAAAAAGAUUGCUAGAAGAACAACGUACCACUUUAGGAGUUGGAUGUGUAUCAUGGGAACAACGGCAAAAUGUGGAGUCCUGCCGCGUAGAUCAGUCUAUUAAGUUUUGUCAUGUCUUACAAAACUGUUUCCAACCAUGGACACCUUCACUUGUAUCACUUCCAAAUAUUUAC